UGCCUUCCAUCCUUCUUUCCUCUCCUCUUGCACCUGCCAGUCAGCGCUCGCUGCCCACACCACUCUCUCACCAUUCUCUUCUGCGCACCUUGCUUGCCGACGCGAACACGCACCCGCCGUCUCAUUCUUCUGACUCUCAACAGUACUGUCGCCGCACCCACACCAUCUCCACCGCCGCACCACCGCCGCUUCCACCCUCACCCAAAGCGCAGCCGGAUUGGGAGGCCCGCUCCACGACUCGAUUUUCUCGCGCCAUCCUUCUCAUGACCCAUCGUCCGUCCGUUGUCGAGACCGCGCACCACACCACACCGCAAACGCUGCGCAGCACUGUUCUGCCCUACGAUCUGAGCGUCGACCGUGGCGGUACAGUCAUGCGACGCCAAAUUGACCUCCUUCCCGUCACCUAACCCACACGCGCCCUCCUACAGACGAGAUAGCAUGACAGACGCCCACUUCUCUGUCAAGCCUGUCAACGGUCACGACCUUUCUCACCACAUCACUCCGCUCCAUCCCGUGUCGCACCAGCAGCGUUAUCAUGUGCCCCUGGUCAAUGGCGACCCCGAGGACGACGGCCAGAUCAGCUGUAUCUGUGGCUUCGCAGACGACGACGGCUGGACGGUCGCGUGCGACAAAUGCAACCGGUGGCAGCACCAGUCCUGCUACUACCCGCAAUUCGACGAGCGACAGUUGCCAGAGCAUCUACAGCACUACUGUGUCGAAUGCGAGCCUCGGGAUGUCGACGUCCUUGCCGCGCGGCGUCACCAACUUGCCAAACGCGAGCCCAGUGAGCCGCUCACAAACGGCAUCAAGCGGGCAGCAUCAAAGAGCCACAAGAAGAAGGUCAAAGAACCAGCACCUGCAUACACAAACGGAUGGCCGAUUGACAAACUGAGAAACGACCGCAACAGUGCCGGCCCACGCGAUCAGCAGCCGCCGGCCAAGCGACCCAAGACGAGCCAUCGCACUUCAGACUCGACCACCACUACUACUACCACCACCACCAAAGGCCACUCACGGAAGCGCAACGCAUCCACCGCCAAUCACCGACGGAGCCUCUCACGGUCGCCCGAGACACCCAUCGAGCGCUACUCGGAUCAUUUCCUCCAAAGUUAUGCCGACGAUGAAUGGUCGGUGACUGACAAUAAUCUACACGAUUCGAUUCAAGUCACCAACUCGCUUUCUGAGUGGGUCGAAAUGCAUGAAGAGGACUUCGAGGAAGAACACGGGCAAAUCAAGGGCGAAGCUCUGAUGAGAUACGACGAUGACCUCGACAACAUGCCAGGCAAAGCGCAACUUGUCAUUGUUGAGCGGCAGGACGACGAUGUCUUACAUCGCGGUCAACCCGUCAAGUGGAAAACGGUCACAGUUCAAGAGCCAUUGCCCACGGGUGCUUACAUUGGCGAACUCAAAGGACGUAUUUGCUUCAAGAAGGAGUAUCAGCAGGACUCUUCAAACCGCUGGGCGGAGAUGCGUCAUCCUGAGCCAUUCGUAUUCUUCCUCCCGAAGCUACCCAUCGUCCUGGAUGCCCGUACCGAGGGCACCGACCUGCGAUUCGUGAGACGGAGCUGUUACCCCAACGCACGGCUACAGGUCCUGAUCACUGGUAAGGCCGACUACCACUUCUGCUUCUUGUCCAGCCGAGAAAUUCAGCCAGGCGAAGAGAUCUCCAUCGCCUGGGAGACCACAGAGGGCAUGCCGCACCUGAUGAAGCCGAACUUGACACAGGACGAGCUGGAACACUUCUCGACAUGGGUCUCCACAGUUCUGGCCAACUGCGGCCCUUGCGCGUGUGGUAUGCCGGUGGAAGAUCUCGACCAACACGGCGCUUGCUACAUGGCCCGCUUCGACAGACGUCUUGGACCUGGUGACGAGCGGCCGGCGAAAGCACCAAAAGCCAAGAAGCGGAAAAAUGGACAGCACAUAUCGCCAUUGCAUACGCAUUCUGUAAACAGCCGCUCCGGAAGCGAAGCAAGAAAGAUAGAUCCUGACGAUGAUGGCACUGACUCGCGCUCCGCGUCUGGUUCGGCUGGCCGAGGGUCUGCGAGUCGCGACAUUACACCCAACACGCAUUACUCUACCAAUGGCACUGGCAUGCCAGAACUCUCGGAGCGAGAGAAGAAGAAGCUGGCCAAAGAAGAAGAGAUGUUCCGACGGCAAGAGGAAGAGAGCAUGGGCAAGGCAAAGAAGAAGCGCACCAGUGAUGGCUCAAAUUUGAACACACCGAGUGCGACAGCUUCGAAGCAGCUCGGCUUUCCUCCCAAUGGAUCGUCAAAGAACUCUGACACUGCCACAUCACGGCAGACAUCUGUCAAAGCUGCAGGCGGCCGCAAGACGAAGACGCAAAAGUCUAUCACGAAGCCUCCCAGUCGCGUGGUCAAGCGACCACGACCAGUCUACGUUGAUGCUGUCACCCAGUGUGACUUAGACCAAGAGGAGGCCGAACGUCGAGCACCAAUCCCGUCCGCACGGAAACCGUUCAAGUCCUUGCGUCAGACUUUACUAGAGCGAUGUGCACGGAACAAUCGUGCCAUUCUGUCGUCUGCGCCGUCCAGUCCUGUCUCACUGCAGAAGAGCCCCCGACAAGAAGAUGCAAUGGACAUUGAUCGGGACACUCUGCGCGAUCGUUCGUCACCAGUGCCUGUUGAGCGGCCGCGGUCGGCCAGCUCCGGGCCCAGGGCUGACAGCGGACCCGUCGAAGACGCAGAGAUGCCUGACGCCGGGGACGAAGCCGAACCGAAGCAGGAGCCGCCUUCGGAUCUCGCUGCAACGUCCAAUGCCAUCGCGGACGAUGUUGGACAACUACACAAGAAGUCGAGUCCAGUCGAGCCGUCGCCAGCCCCACCAUGGCCUGCGAAGUCUUCGCCUGGAUCUGCAGCAUCCGAACAGACCUCGUCAAAGCCAGCGGGCAUGCGUCUCGACAUGCCUCCGCCUUCGGCAAACCCAUUCAGCUCGUCGUCGGCUACGUCUCCUGCUGGUGGUCCAACAACUGGCAGCGGUUACAUCGCCCAGUCGCCCGCAAGCAUGACACCUGGCUCAAUUUUUCCUCCCAGCGUUGCAGCCGCUGUCGCUCCCAGCCCAGCAAAGAAGAAGCUGAGCCUGAGCGAUUAUACUCGGCGAAAGGCUAAGAAGGAGGAUUCGGAAUUGAGCCAUCGCGAGAGCAGUCCAGCUUCGUCAACUUCUGGCACUGUAGUGCCGCCACUACAGCCAUCUUCCGCGCUCGAAGCACGUGCAGCGGAGGGCACUGCCAUAGAAGAAGACAUCAAGAUGGAAGAGGCGGUUGCGGGGCCGGCGACAGCGGAAAGUGCGCCUCCGACAGUAACGGCGGCCUGAAUAGAGAGCACUCUCACGAAAAGAUGUCUGUUUGAUCUGUGUCCGGUUUAGCGUGGCGCGUGGUGGGAUGGGCUUCUCUACUAUUCACGAUUCAAGAAAUGACGAUGCAAGAAGAUGCAUGCUAGAGUAUUUGAGGAAGAAGGGCUUUUUUGGAACGGAUGGAUUUUACGACAAGACGGAAUCAUGAUGUGUCGCCCACCUGAUGCUGGGGAUGCAACAAGGUGUGGCUUGACUCUUCUGUACUUUAUACCUGACCCACUGCGAGGCAGCUGGCUUUUCUCUUGAGUAGCAUACUUAGUCCACGAGAUGCGAACAGAAGAAACUGAACCAAUGAAAUUUUGAAC